GGGGCCGGGAGGAGCGCGGUGCCGUGUCCUGUGCCGUGUCCUGUGCCGGGGGCGAGGGACCGGUCGCGGGGGGAUGCACCGCCUUGCCGCGCCGCCGAUGUGAGGGAAGGGGAGCGGCCCCUUCCCCGCCAGCCCCGGACCAUGGCGCCCCCCGGAGCCCCUGGAGAAUAUGACGUGCUGAUUGUGUAUGCGAGUGAUGCCACUGAAUGGUGUCAGUACCUCCAGAACCUCUUCCUCUUUACUUGGCAUGUUCGACAGCAUCGCAUUCUGAGCUACCAGCUGGAAGACGACUCUGCCAUCUCCCACCAGGAGCUGGCCCUGUUCAGCAGAAGUCGGAGUAUCAUCCUUUUGCUUUCUGCUGAGCUGGUGCAGAGCUUUUAUGUUCCUCACAUCCUGCAGAGCCUUCAGGAAGCUUUAUGGCCUCCGUACAAAGUAGUCAAGCUGUUCUGUGGUGUUACGGACUGUGACGACUAUUCGACCUUUUUCAAGGACUGGUCUCAGUGGCAAGAACUCACAAAUGAUGAUGAGCCUGAUGCUUACCUUGCAGCUGUCAAGAAGGCUAUUUCAGAAGACUCAGGCUGUGACUCUGUGACUGAUACAGAAACAGAAGACGAGAAGAAUCCAGCUGACUCCCACAGACUUGCCAUGAGUGAAGAACAUGAAUCAUCCAAGAGCACUGGGGACCGUCCACUGGUGCAGCCCAACCGCAUACAAUGUGGGGUGCAGACAACAAUUUAUAUUAUCAUGAAAUGUAAACUAGAUGGUGAAAUGAAAACUGAAGUUGAAUUUUCUCCAGAGAAUGCAUCCUCUGUGCGUGUGCUGGCUGAGAUGGAGAAUGAGUACACAAUCUCUGUAAAGGCUCCAAAUUUAACCUCUGGGACAGUGCCCCUGAAGAUAUAUUCAGGGGACUUGAUGGUGGGAGAAACAAGUGUCACUUACCAUACUGACAUGGAGGAAAUCAGCAAUCUGUUGGCUAAUGCAGCCAACCCUGUACAGUUCAUGUGCCAGGCCUUUAAAAUUGUGCCAUAUAGCAUAGAAGCCCUGGACAAACUGUUGACUGAGUCACUCAAGAAGAACAUUCCUGCCAGUGGUCUACACCUGUUUGGAAUCAACCAGCUGGAAGAAGAAGAUAUGACAGCAAAUCAGAGGGAUGAAGAGUUGCCAACACUGCUUCACUUCUCUGCAAGAUAUGGGCUGAAGAACCUUACUGCCUUGCUGCUUACAUGCCCUGGAGCACUGCAGGCCUACAGCGUAGCCAACAAGUAUGGCCACUAUCCAAACACCAUAGCAGAAAAGCAUGGCUUUAAGGAUCUCCGCCAAUUCAUUGAUGAAUAUGUGGAAACUGCAGAUAUGCUAAAGAGUCACAUUAAGGAAGAGCUGAUGCAAGGCGAGGAGGAUGAGUCUGUUUAUGAGUCCAUGGCUCAUCUGUCCACUGAUCUGUUAAUGAAAUGUUCCUUGAAUCCAGGCUCUGAUGAAGAGCUUUAUGAAUCCAUGGCUGGAUUUGCCCCCGGUGCCCCAGAAGAUCUUUAUGUAGAGAUGCUUCAAUCCAAGCCAGACACUGCAGUUGCUGGAGAUGAAGUUUCUAUAACUACAAAAGACUCGAUGCUCCGCAAGUUUUUAGAAGGUGGUAGCAUGGAUGUGCCAGAUUCUGAGGAAGGAGGUCAUGAGCAGUAUGGUGAAGAUGUGUACUACUCCGUGGAACAAGACCCUUUUCCACAGGAAAUGGCUAACAGGCCUCCAGUUCCUGUUCCAAGACCAGAAUCUAGCUCUCCACAGCCAGACAAUGAGCUGUACAUCUCCAAAAUUUUUGCACAGAAGGCUCAAAGACCUGAGAAUCUUUAUGUCCCUAGAGGAAGGGUUAAGAAAGAGACAAUAGUCAGGCCUGUAAGGGACCUGUCUCAAUCAAGUAUCUAUGAUCCAUUUGCUGGAAUGAAAACCCCAGGUCAGCGGCAGCUGAUUACAUUACAGGAGCAAGUGAAAAUGGGCAUGCUCACUGUGGAUGAAGCUGUACUUCAUUUUAAGGAGUGGCAACUGAACCAGAAAAAGAGAUCAGAAUCAUUCCGGUUCCAGCAGGAAAAUCUGAAACGUCUACGAGACAGCAUAACCAGGAGGCAAAUGGAGAAGCAAAAAAAAGACAAAAGUGCAGAUUUGGAAAUUACAGUACCCAUUCGACAUUCUCUUAAUACUUUUGGGAAGCCAGAAUGUGGAAUAUAUGAAUAUACCCCCAGGAAAAAUGUUUUUCCACAAAAAAAGGAGUUAAAACGAGGAGACUGGAAAACAGAAAGCACAUCCAGCACAACAAGUAGUGCAAGUAACCGCUCCAGCACUCGGAGUAUAUUGAGUGUCAGCAGUGGGAUGGAAGGGGACAGUGAGGACAGUGAAGUCCCAGAAACAGCCAGGAGCCACAGCCCAGUUUCUCACCAAGCAGAGAGGCUUCCUUUCCCAGAAAGGCCUCCCAGAGUGCCUCCUCGAGGUGCAAGCAGGCCUGUAAGCUGUGAAAGCUUUUAUCCUCCACCUGUGCCACCAAGAGGUCGCUGAAUCUCAACGUCUGUGGAAUAUGAGAUAUUUUUUUCUGUUUAUAUAUGUCUUUGUACAGAUAUUUUUUGGGCUAUCUUAAAUUAUUUAUAGGUGGGACCCAAAUGAUUUCAUCCCCUUUAUCCUCCCUGAAGCUCUGGUGACUUUUCCCAUCAUUUUCACAGGGACUUUUUUGCAUUCUGUAAUUUUUUUUUAGUUGGAAGAAUUUUGGUGCUUUGGGGCUUCAAGAAAAGGUGUCAUCAUUGGGAAGAACUUUGAUGUGUGUCUUGGGAGCCCUGCACCAACAUGAAGAUGCCAUUUGAUCAAGAAAGCACAUGUGUCCUUUUAGGAACUAAGUCCUGAUUAGCGUUGUUACCAAACCUCUCAAUACAGUCUACCAGGGCUUGACUGGAAAAAAUGCUUUAAAACCAAAGAAAAUAAGAUGUUUGAAAAAUGAUCAUUACAGCAGGGACAGGUGAAAGUAUUACUGCUUGGAAUAACAUUUUGGAUACAAUUAUACUGACCUUUCAGAAAGUAGCAUCCCCCUUUAGCAAUUGCUAUUAAACCAUGGGGGGGAUGAGAAAUUGUCUUCAAGAAUGUAUCUUGCAUACAGCCUUGAAAAUGCCUUUCCUUUUCCUGUUCCCUCCCUGAAGAGGACAGAAAAAGGGUUGUGUGUGCUGUAUUCACCAUGAAAAUUCCCAAGAUAGCUGGUAAGGGACCUUCUGUAUCACAAACCAACUGUACUUAAACCUUUUUCAGGCAGGGUGCAGGUAUGGUGUUACAAAAUCACAUGACUGAGCUCUCAAAUUAGAGAAGGAAUUGGUGGUAUUGCUGUGUUCUGUGUCUUUUACAUGUGGUCAGUAUAGCAGCAAUAUGGAAGGCAUUUCACUUGAUACUCUGGAACAAUAGUGAGUCUGCAAUUAUCAGUGCACACCUCUCACAAACACCAGCUGUAUUUUAGCUGGCUGCAGUGAAAACAGACAGCUUGGGGGCUGUACUCUGCUCUACUAUUCAUUUCUACCAAUGUGAACCUGCAGCAGUUAUGUCCAGCCUUUUUCUGCCUGAGGGUUUACAAACUUAAGGAAGCUUCCUGGUUUAACUCUCUUCCAGGCCUUAAAAUCUUCUGUGCAUAUCCCAACCCUUGGGAGACAGAUUUAAGGCUCUGGUUGUCUGUGAGUGACACAGAUAGGAAUUCUGCGAGAUAACAUUCAGGGCAGAUAAUUAAACUUCAUUACAUACUUUGUUUUCAGGGAUGAAAGAGGGGGAAUGGCUUGAAAAUCAGCAUCUGUUUUAGGUGAUCUCUCUGGUAUAGGUAGGACAUGUAGAGCUUCUGUCUGAUCAUGUCAGCUCUCCUUCAUCUGUAGAAGAGCAGGUUUGCUUUUUCUCAUUGUAGCCAGGGGGGAAGGGUGAAGUGAGAGCUGCUUUCCUUUGCUCUUCUUGGAAUGAAACAUGGUUUCCAGCAGUAUUAGCUCACAUUGGAAGGAGGGAAGGAGGUUUUGGUGCUGAAAUGAGGAAAAUAGUGGCAAGGAUAGGUGAAGAAAUUAGGGAUAAAAGAGAUAAACCAAAAGAAGAAAUUCAGGAGCUUGAUUGUUUUCAGUUGCCACAUAUUCUGGUUUGCACACAGCUCCCUAGUUUUGCUCAAAAUUUCCCUAUCUUCUUGGUACUGACUGCAGCUGUGCCCUUGGACCUGUGAUGUGGUAAGAGGAAUUUGUCUGCUUUCACAUCUGCCAGGUACAACAUAAAGUAGAAUUGUAGGAUGUGGGUAAAACUGUAAUAAGGCAGAAAAUGAAGAGCAAAUUAUGUGUAUCAUGCAAAUUUUCUUUCCGCACUCUUGGACUGAAGCAGCCCAGGGAUCCAUCUUUCCAAGCUGGUUUUAAUUCUGCAUCCUCUCCAUGUUAUAGCCAAGUUUCUUCUAUGGGAGGGAUUUUGCCUUUAAAGAAUCCUAAUACCAUGGUUGUGAGCUGGAUAUUUAUUGUUUGUGCUGUGGAAAGAUAGUUAUAUCUGAAUCCCAGAAAAGCAGCUCAUAAGUAGCAUUUCAGUCCCUUUCCCAUUUGAGACUUAGAUACUUCAUUGCUCUGACCUGACCUAUCACAUAAAGCCUAAUGCUGGUGGGGUUCUGGUUUGAAGGAGAGGUGAGCUGGGAAAAGUGAGCCAAACUAUAAAUGCAGUCUGUUCAGGCCCCUUCUGCACUACUUAAGAUAGGGGAAUUGAAGCUGUAGUUUCAGGUGUUCCUGUCUCACUGUUGCUAGAUUAGUGAGGGAUCUCAGUAACCAACAACCACUGCAAGACUCUCACCCUAUCAAGGAAAAAAGGAACCACACUAAAAUGUCUUUACUGUUUGAUGCAGGUGAACAAUUGGAUGCAGACAUGUCUUUCAAGCCUUUUACAGGCCAACAGUUAUGCACUUGCUCAGCCACCAAAAUCUGUGUUCCACAUAGGUUGGAUUCAUCUAGUUGCUUUCAGCCUCUUGCAUUUCAAUGUAUGAAGCCCCUGUAUCUGUAUUUUGUGCUGGUGAGCCUGUGGUGUGUGUUGUUUGCACCCAGGAUGAGAGAUACACUGAAUCUGAAGACUGGAAGAGACCAGAGAAGAAAACAGCAUACGUGCAGAUUGCUGGUUACUUGAGGAAGUGCUUGGGAGGGAAAGGGAACAGUGUUUCUGAUGCAUAUUAGAGUUCAAGGACUGAACAGAUAAUAAAAUCACUUGUAAAAUUUUAAGUGGUCUGGCCAAUUAUAGGGACAUCAACUAAACCGCCAAACUCAGGUGCCAGCUGGCAGGCCUGGGGAAGUGUUUGUUCUUUGUACAGCAUGCCUUGCAAACCCUGCUGCAGCAGAUGGCUCUGCUUGGCCCUGUUGCUGACUGAGAGACUUAAGUACUGAAUAAACUGAAGAUGCUGAA